AUGGCGAUAAAUCCGGGCCCACCAAUCUUGGACUUGCGAUAAAUUCGGCCCACCAACCUUGGACUAUUGGGCCUAAUUAUUUUAGUGGGCUCAAAAUUAGCUCCUCUUACAGAUGGAAAUCCAUUUGAACUUCAGUCCACAUUAUCGACUUGGAUAGUUUUAGUGAGAGAGGCCACAACGAGCAAAGUUCUGGCUUCAUGGAUUUUGUAGACAAACUUCUACUUCUCUGCAAUUCCCCAAAUUUAAAUAAGUUUCGCCUUCAAUGUCAUAUGGGUACUAUAAUCCGUAUCGUCUUAAUUCAUGGAUUUGCACCGUAAUCAAGCUUAAUGUUAAAGAGCUUGUUCUUAAUUUCAAAAUUGAUCAGCUUGUUGUGGAGUUGCCUCAAAGCCUAUUUACCUCUGUCAAUCUUGUGGUUUUGAAGUUAGUUGGUGAUGUCUUUUUUGGGUUUCCUAUGCAAGUUUUUUUGCCAAGUCUCAAUGUCCUCCAUCUUCAUUCAUUAAUGUUUCUAGAUGAUGAUUCUUUCCAAAACAUCCUCUGUGGCUGCCCAGUCCUUCAAGAAUUGGAGAUAGAGAGGACUAAUCCGGGCGAUAACAUAAAGACAGUAUGCAUUUGCUCAUCUACUCUGAAGAAAUUAUGCAUGUAUAACAGCUUUUGUGUAACAAGUCUCCAACCUAGUGUCGUGAUUAAAGCCUCAGUUCUCGAAAUCUUUCAGCUUAAUGAUUUUGUGUCCAGUGUUUUUGAUGUGGAUGAACUCCCCUCCUUAGUUAAAGCAAAUUUUAUAUUUUAUUUUGAGAAUCGCAGAAGUGAGGAUCACUAUAAAGUUGUAGUUGGGAUGCUUGGAAAGAUUUCUAAUGUGCAGCAUUUGGAAUUAAGCAAUGGCAUCCCCAAGGUUGUCAUUGAAGCUUUUGACUACAAUACACUGUUGUUUCAUAAUUUGACCCAUUUGCACUUGUAAAUUUACAAUCUUGAUUAGUCAAUUGUGCUUGGCUUGCUUGGCCACAUGCCUAAUUUGAAAGUUUUAGUUUUUAACAAGUUCAAGGUGAGCUCAUUUGUUGGAGAUCAUUUCAUUUUUUAUUAUAUAUUUACUGGUAUAUUUGAUGUUUUUUUUAUGAUUGUUAUUUGGAUUGCAAGGUCAGUGAGUUGUGUUUGUGGAGUGGGGAACCAGAGAGUGUGCCCAAAUGUCUGUCACUCUGCGUAGAGGCAAUUGAAUUUAGUGGAUUUGCAGGGUGUA